AUGGAAACACGCUCUGACCAACUUGUCGUGCCAGUGUUGCUAUCCAUGGUGCUGAAGCAGCUGGUACAGUACCUUUUCUGUUUAAAUCUGACAAUGGUAACUUGUUUUUCCGAUUAUAAUACAAGCUGGAGUGACACGGCUGUUGAUAGCAAUGGAGCCGCCCUACCAGGCUACAUGAUGGUGAUUCUUGCUGUUCUAAUGAUAACCCUGGUUAUUGUAGUCGUUGUUGGAAACGCGUUGGUCAUCCUUGCUUUCGUCGUGGACAAGAGCCUGAGAAAUCAAAGCAAUUAUUUCUUCCUAAAUUUGGCAAUAUCAGAUUUUCUCGUCGGAGCUUUCUGCAUCCCCGUGUACAUCCCGUACGUCUUGACAGGCCGGUGGAUGUUAGGCCGAGGCCUCUGUAAACUGUGGCUGGUCGUGGACUAUUUGCUUUGCACUGCCUCCGUCUUUAACAUCGUCCUCAUCAGUUAUGACCGCUUCCUCUCUGUCACCAGGGCUGUCAGAUACAGAGCUCAGCAGGGGAUGACUCGUCUGGCUGUGGGAAAGAUGCUUGCCGUGUGGGUUCUCGCCUUCCUCCUCUAUGGCCCUGCCAUCAUCUUCUGGGAGUUGGUGGUGGGUGAGAGCAUUGUCCCAGCUGACGAGUGCUUUGCCGAGUUUUACUGCACCUGGUACUUCCUUCUUAGCGCCUCCACCUUUGAGUUCUUCUCACCGUUCAUCUCAGUGGCUUUCUUCAACUUCAGUAUCUACCUGAACAUUCAGAGGAGGAACCGAAACAGGGCGGCUCGUCGAGAGGCCGAAAAAGAGGACGGAUGGAGGGUCAUGGAAGGGAGGGCGUCAUCUGUCUUUUUUGUUAAAUCACGAAAAGUGUCCUCCAGCGAACCAGCCGCUGUCUCCGCAGUUAUUGAAGAGGAGGAUGAGGAGCUGUCACCUUCCUCCAGUGGAGACCCCAGUAGCAGCCACUCCGUAGCGCUGACAAUGAAGACUGUUGGCAAGAAGAAACAAGUGGUGGGAGGCUGGCUAAGGACACGCAUGAUCCAGGCACAAGUACCCCCUACCUCUUGCGCCCCCUGCAGGAACGGAGGUCACUCGCGCCUGUCACGAGACAAAAAGAUCGCCAAGUCUCUGGCAGUGAUUGUAUGUGUCUUUGGUGUAUGCUGGGCGCCCUACACUCUACUGAUGAUUAUACGUGCUGCGUGUAGUGGACGAUGUGUUGAGUACCACUGGUAUGAGGUUACUUUCUGGCUACUAUGGCUAAAUUCGGCCAUCAACCCCUUCCUAUACCCACUGUGUCAUAGCAGCUUCCGCCGGGCUUUUGCCAAGAUUCUGUGCCCAAAGCGCCAGUCUGUUCGGCCACAUGAGGAAAGCCCGUCUUGCCAGUGA